CGUAAUUGGUUCUCAUAGACUAGACUCAAUCUUCGGGCACUGUUUAGAGCCUCUAUUUUUCUCUUUGGGAGAUGAACAGAAUUUAGUUCUGCUGUAUUUGUAGUCCUUCGAUGAUAGCAACUCGAUUAUUUAAUUUCCCCUGCAGUAGUCGCUAAAGAUGAAGGAGUUAGGAGAGGAGAUGCCUGAUGAGGGAUAUGGAUGCGCCGUUGCGAAUCGUUUCGGCCGGCUGCUGGACGAUGAAUCUGACCCGUUCGACAUCUUAUUCGCGGCUGGGGGAGAAAAGAAACCGAAGAAGAAGAAAGACGAAUCAAAGAAAACUUCAGCCACAACUAAAUCUGGAAAGAAAGAGUCUCAGAGGGACAGGAAAGAAGUUGAGGAGCGCAUAGAGAGAAGUGUGACUUUUGAGCGCAAGUUGACCAAUGCCGACGCCCCCCUCAGCUUCUCUGUUGAGAGGCCUGUGGGUGUGUUGGACAGGCCUGUCAGAGGAAGAGGUACAGAAAGAGGACGAGGAGCCCGAGGCCCAGGAUAUCCGAGAUCCAGUGAUGGAUUUGACCAGAGGGGAAAGAGAGAGUUUGAGAGACAUAGUGGCAGUGACCGAACGAGUGUCCGAUCUGAAGAGAAGCGCAGCGGCAGUGGAUCUCGCAACUGGGGCUCAAUGAGAGAUCAUAUGAGUGAAAUUGAAGUGGGGUCACCUAGUGAAAAUGUCGUGGAAAGUGAGGAGACCCAAGAGGCAGUUCAGACCGUUGGAGAAAACAGACCAUCUGAGACUGAGGAAGUGAUUGAGCUUGCCCUAGAGAUGACACUGGAUGAGUGGAAAGCCCAACAGGAGCAAAGCAGGCCCAAAGUAGAGCUGAAUAUCCGUAAGGCAGACACUUCUGUGCCGUCGAAGGCCGUUGUCAUCCAUAAGUCCAAAUUUCUUCAGAAACAUCCUAAUGGCUCUGAUGAAGAGGAUGUGGUAUUCCGCCGCCCGGCCAAUGACAUCACUUGUCAACUAGAGAUCAACUUUGGUAGCCUGGCCCGGCCCUCUCGUGGUGGGAGAGGAGGACGAGGUGGUCGUGGCCGUGGGGCUCCAUCCAUGCCAUCCCAAAGAUCUCCACAAAAGUUUGAAUCUGCUCCAAACCCAGAUGAUCCAGAAGAUUUCCCUGCACUGGCCUAGAGCUCCUCUGAAGGUAGAGAGAGUGAAAACUCUUCUGCAGCUCAUGUUGGCGACUCCGAAACGGGCAAUGUGCACUUAAUGGGCAAAAAAUAAAGCAUGCACAAAGUUGUUUCUUUGCA